AUGUGGAAGUUUAUUACCCUAAUAAUAUUUUGCCUUUAUUAUAUUGAAGGGAAGAGUACAUUGAGGCAAAAUAAAAAACAUAAUAUUUUAUAUACGUCAAAAAGGAAUGAUGAAGGGGAUGAUAAAAUAAAUAUAAAUAAUUUAAAACCUAUAAAACAACAUGAUAAUAUUAUAGAAGAUAUAAAGAUGAAAGAGAAUAAAAUUAUUUCAAUAAAUAAUAAAGGCAAAAAUGGUUCCUUUAUUGAUUUAAGUAUGAACUAUAAUGAAAAAGAAUCUGAUAAUGAUGAUGAAGAAGAAGAGGAAGAAGACAAUGAAGAUAAUAACACAAAUAAUAAUAAUAAUAAUGAUGAUGAUCACCAUAAUGAUGAUGACCACCAUAAUGAUGAUGACCACCAUAAUGAUAAUGAUAAUCAUGAUAAUAAUGAUAAUCAUGAUAGUAAUGAUAAUAAUGAUAAUAAUGAUAAUAAUAAUAAUAAUAAUCCAUCUGCUGCAUUGACAGCUCUACCUCCACCCCCACCUCCUGUGCCUCCUCCUCCUCCACCACCAUUAACACCAUCAGGUAUUGUCGGUAAUGUUCUAUCAACUUUUGUAUCACAUGGUUUAAAAUUAAUCGGAGUACCCUAA